CCGGGGUUUGGGGGCAGCCUCGCUGUCCUGUAACAUAAUCACGGGGAUGAACCAGGCCAUCGUGGCAUCAUGGUGAUGUCAUAAAGGCAGUGAUGUCAUCCCAGUGACACAUCGGGACAUUGUGAUGUCACAGUGAUGUCAUGGGGGCAGUGAUGGGUCACAGUGAGCCCCACUAGCUAAUGCUUCAGGACUCCUGGAGGACUUGGUUUAGCUCUUAGAAGGGGCAGGGCCGGAGGCUGCUUUGCAUGUGGGGCUCUGGCACCCCCUACACUGACUGCGUUUUCUCAAGAUCUUGAGGGUCAUUCGCCACAGAGCAACAGCUGGUUUCCCCAGGCCCUGCUGCCACAAGCUCAGCCUCUCUCCUGGGCAGUCUGGAAUUGCUCUGGCUCAGGCUGGUGAGGUUGUGCCAUGUUUCCUUAGUGAGCCGCACAAGCCCUGGAGUAAGCAGCCGAGUACCCAGGGGAGAAGCAAGCGACAGAACGGCUUGUACCCAACCAUCUCACACGGCAGAACUUCGCCGUUACCCCUGGCUGGCUGGUUCCCUCUGCCUUGCGCCCUGGUAAAUCCUUUACAACCUCUGCAAGGUGAUUACAAAACGCUGAGCAAACGGAGCGGUCUGAUGAGAUGGUGUUUUACACCUGCUCACUCUGGUGUUCCUGACUUCACAAGUGCAGGGCUUUUCAGCACCGUGAGAGCCAGGCCCCACCGGGGGUCUUUCUGGAUUUCCCACAAUGGUGUCAGUUACAAUGGCUACAUCCGAGUGGAUUCAGUUCUUUAAGGAAGCUGGCAUUCCUCCAGGCCCUGCUGUCAACUACGCAGUUGUGUUUGUGGAUAACAGAAUCCAGAAGAACAUGCUGCUGGACCUGAACAAGGAGAUCAUGAAUGAGCUAGGGAUCACAGUGGUGGGGGAUAUUAUCGCUAUCCUCAAGCACGCUAAAGUUGUUUACAGACAGGAGAUGUGCAAGGCCGCUACUGAAUCGGUGUCCUCCAACCAGCCCAGUAUGCAGUCAGAGCUCCGCAGGAACGCCACCAGCGCCGCCACCCGUAUGAUCGCUAACAGCUUAAGCCGAGAUUCGCCACCUGCCACCCCUGUCCGAAGACCUGACACCAGUACGUCCAAAAUCUCUGUUACCGUGUCCAACAAAAUGGCUGUGAAGAACGCAAAAGCAGCGUUGUGCGAUCCAGCGGACGAGAGCCCGGUGGGCCCGGUGAAACGACGGCGAGUUACAGCGGAGAUGGAAGGGAAGUACAUCAUCAACAUGCCAAAAGGUACCACGCCCAGGACUAAGAAAAUCCUGGAACAGCAGGCAGCAAAAGGUACCCCUGGUGUGCCCAGGACGUCUGUGUUUGACCGGCUGGGAGCUGAGAUGAAGGCAGACACAACCACAGGGAAUAAGCCGACAGGGGUCUUCAGCCGACUGGGGGACGCACUGGAGGCAGAGGAGGACAAAGCCGCGGAGAGUGACGACGACUGCUCCGUCCUGCAGUAUGCUGGGGUCCUGAAGAAGCGCUCCAAGCCUUUACGCAAGGAACGUGCCGAACCAGGAGUAACCAUCAAAGCAAAAGCCACGAGCUCGGAGGCAAAACCAGCUGUGACGACCAUUCGGCGACUUGGCAACAAGAGCUCCAGCCUGGCGGUGAAGGAAAAGAAGCCGGAAUCAGCAUCCAAAGUCAGCGUCAUCCAGAGACUGGGCAAGCCCUGCCUGCCCACCGAGGCCCAGGACAGCAGCGUCACCAGCACGAAGAACAAGGCUGCGCCGCAGGUCAGGGUCACUCUAAAGAGGCCUUUGGGUAGCGCGAAGGUUCUUGCCUGUAUCUAGGAAGUAGCAUCUCGAGGUCUCCGUACAGAGAGAAUACGGAGCGGGGACACUGUGCUGGAACUCUUGAGUCUAAGAGGGUUUCCUAGCAACCUAUAAAACCAAACGUAAGGGCUCCAGGACACUGUGCAGGCGCCUGUUUGAAUGUUGUCAGUCCAAGAGUAUUAAUCUGAGCCCACGGGAGAUGUCUCUUCUCCUUCCGUCCUCACACCUGCUCUGUGCAAACAUUUCUUAGUCCCUGUGCUAGCAUCACUCCAUCUGCCUCGGCCAGUACAGCAUUGCACUUGUAUUCCAGGCAUGGGGUUCCCCCCGCAUCUGUGCAGAUCUCGCACUCUGAGUGUGGCAUGGAUUCAAACAGGUCCGUGGGCAGCUCCAGAGUCUGCCAGGAACAUGCUAAGAGUAUGCGUGGCCUGGAUUGGUUUGGCCAGUUCAAGAAGAAAUAUUUUGUUUGUGGGGGAUGGGGAGAUAUUUUGUUCAGACUUCAGUGGCCAGUUGCCCUCAGGUGUAAAAGUAGCACAGUUCUGCCUAGGGCCGGCUUUCUCUUGGGAUUUCCCAGCUCAGAGUCAAUCGGCCUCGUCCCCAGAGGCUAGAUUAGAUACUGGCGUUGCUUUCCAGGAGGCAGCAUAACUGCCCUCUCCUGACGGGAUUUCAGCCCCCUCGUGCUGCGAGGUUUGGUUUUGGGUGGCACAGAGAUUCAGCAGUGAAGUAAUUUUGCACAUGUGCAGAUACAAAGGCAGAUGUCUUGGCUUGAUUACUUCUCAGCUUCUCUGUCCCCAGGGCAGGCAACAGGCCUUGCUCCCCUUCCUAAAAGGCAGGACUCCUUUGUGUAGGGAGACUAGCCCAUUGUCAGCCUGGGACAGGAGCCAGGGUCACUCCCAUGCUGCGUGGUGGCCCCCGUGCGAAGCCCCGUUCCGAGUGGACACGUGUCUGUAUCAAAGAGCCACCGGUGCAGUUGGUGCUGUCACUCCUGGGGACGCCUGUGCAGAGAGGCUGAGGGCUGAGUCCUGGACAGCAAGCUCCUCUCUCCGCUCUAGGGCAGAAUCUAGCCUACAGCAGGGGCAGCUUGUCCUGUUCCGUGGGGAGUCGCGGGCUGUCAGGCUGUGGGCCGGCUGGUUCAGAGGGCUCUGUUUGAGCUCCCUUCUUCCCCUCACGAAAAGGGGUUGCUCCUCCCAAGUACGGACGGGGUUUAAUGCCUGUCAGGCUAGCUGGGCAGCUGUGAGGAGUUCCCAGACAAAGCUUGGCAGUGUGCCGAGAGGGGUUCCCUGCAGGAGCCCCCGACUAAGGUGGUCACAUGCAGCCCACAGACCUGGAGCGUGGCAUGCAGCCGCACUCCUCCACCCUCCGCUGGUGAGUGCUGCACGAUAUUCGGAUAAGGAGCCCUAGGUCCGUGCUAAGUGGGUUAUCUUGCUAAAGAGAGUGGACUGGCCCCAGCCGUCUUGGCUGGGAGCGUCUGCGGGACGUGGCACCGGAGCAAAGAUGAGUGGCUGCUGUUGGCCUCCUUACCAACUGAUUAAAUGCGGUGGUCGCUGUGGACCGCCUGUGCCCUAAAACCAGGGCUGUGUUAGCCUGCCACGUCGGGCGGCUUCAGGUCUCUGUGUGUUGGUGCUGAGCCGAGGCGCUGGCCUGAAGGACUGACUGUUAAUCCAAACAACAAUUCUUCCUUCUUUUAUCUACUGUUCUUAAGCCAAACCGGAGGUUUAAUGUCUCUGGUUUAGGUCUCCUCAGGAGAUCCUGUCCCUUUUUUUGCUGUGGGUUUACUGCAUCCCUUUAGCUUGUCUAUUUUAGAAUCGGUUUUUAAGUGGUUGCCUGUAUUAGCCUUUCUGUUUGUUCUGAAGCGCUGACUUUUCUUGUGACACCCGCUUUGCAGGUGCCGUCGGCUUUAAAACACAAGUGUUCCGCUGGGGGACGGAGAGGAGGAGGAGACUCUUUGCUGCAGGCUGUUUCUGAGGGGAGCGGAUGGGGUCAUUGGAUCCAAGAAAGGGAAGUUUGGGUGGGUCCUCCCCCCGCCCCCCCAAGACACAAUAGGAAAGUUGGCAUAACCCAUUUCUGGGGGGUUUCAUCGUGCUUUCGAAAGGAGGGGUCCGUGUUCUGAAUGUUUUUAGACUAUUCGAGGCAAAACACUUUUUUUGAGGAGAAUGAAAUCUGCGCACAGGCUACGUUGUGCAGUCAGCCGCGGGGAGGUGGUAGAGAUUUGUGUAAUGCACUCAGGGCACAUGCCGGGAUUCUUCAAGGAUUUGACAUGCUGUUGCAAUAAAGCAUAAAAAAAGCCA